AUGUUGCUAAAGUCCAGUGGUGGUGGGGGAGGUAAUAGCAGCAAGAAUGAUUUUCGCCGAAAGUGGGACAAAGAUGAGUAUGAACAACUGGCUCAAAAACGUCUCGAUGAGGAGAGGGACAAAAAAGAUGGUAAUUAUACUUUCCUUUCGCCCCAGUAACUAACACAUGGGAGCUAAUAAUAUGGAUUAAGUGUUUUCUCCCUAAAUCAUCAAACUAUGGAGGCAAAAUUCUAAGUGAAAGCUUCAAACUGAAGUUGAUCCCCAUGAAUACCUGUGAGUAAUGAUUAGGGGAAGAACACACCCUGAACAUAUACAUCAUUAUAAUGCCUCCCUUCUCUCAGGCAAGCCAGCGCCCCCAGUCAAGCGGGAGCUCCUGCGACACAGGGACUACAAGGUGGACCUCGAGUCCAAGCUGGGUAAAACCAUUGUUAUCACCAAGACCACACCACAGGCUGAGAUGGGCGGGUAAGAGGCUGGCAUCCAAAGAUGUUCCUGAAAUGAAGUUAACACUGUAUUGGCACUCCCUUAUCUAAGAGCUGUAUGCAUUAUAUCAUUUAUUAAUACAGAUGAGCCCUAAUUGAUCUAUUUGUCAGGUCCUUGUCUUUUUGACAACAGUGAUACAGGUGUCUGAUGAUGUUCUAUCUCAUGUUCAGGUACUACUGCAAUGUGUGUGAUUGUGUUGUGAAGGAUUCCAUCAACUUCUUGGACCACAUCAAUGGCAAGAAACGUGAGUAUGCACAACAUUGUCAUCUACAUUAGAAGUGCAGCGUAGAUGGCUAAAUUGGUAAUAAUCUACUUUCUCCUCACAGACCAGAGGAAUCUGGGGAUGUCCAUGCGCGUAGAGAGAUCCUCAUUGGACCAGGUGAAGAAACGAUUUGAAGUUAACAAGAAGAAGAUUGAGGAGAAGCAGACGGAGUAUGAUUUUGAAGAGCGCAUGAAAGAGCUUCGAGAAGAGGUCAGUGAUGGGGCUAGAAUACUGUCAAUCUUACUCUCAGUCCAAAUGGAUGUAAUGUGUAUUAGUUUAGGUCAGGAAAUAAAUGCCAUUGCUGGUAUGACUAACACGUAAGUUAAAUGACCAUUUAAGCUAUGCUAAAACAAAUAGUGAAAGCACAUAUCCCUGUCACUUCUUUUCCCAGGAGGAGAAAGCAAAGGCAUACAAGAAGGAGAAGCAGAAGGAAAAGAAGCGUAAAGCAGAAGAGGAUCUUUUCGAGGAGGAUGAUGAAAUGGCUGCUGUGAUGGGAUUCUCAGGGUUUGGUUCCUCAAAGAAAGGCAAAUGACCUAAAGACUUUCUGCAUUUCUUUACACUCUACGACCUUUCCCUUUUGGCUGAUCACAAAGUAAACUUUGCUGUCUAUAGUAUUCUAUUAGCCUGUUCCCUGAUGUGCUUUAGCCAGCUAUUUGUUGUCCUGAGCACGAUAAAAGGGUUGGCUAUAGAUCAAACUGUUCUGCUACCAGGUUGGUAUUCUAUGAUGCAUCAUAUCCCCAAAACCCCCAUUCUAUUCCAAAACCAGCCCCUCAAAAAACUAAACACAUGCUGUACAUAGACACAGUCUGAGGAGUCCCUGAAACGGCUAGGUUUGUGGUUGAUAGAAUGGGAUAACAUGUCAUAGUAAUACAAUUAGUAAUUUAUUGGGAUUUUUAUAUCCGAAUACAAGGGUAAAUGUCCACUGAGAUGUUUUAUUUUAUUUUUUUAUUUUAUAUAAACUUACAACAGGUUACCAUUGACCCUUUGAAGCUUAUUUUGUGUGUUCAUUUAUGUCAGCAUUCCACUAGUUGCACUACCUAUAUUUUCUGUAGUGUUUUAGCGCAAAUAUAGUGGAUGUUUAAGUUUCAUCUGCUAUCAAAUACAUCAGUUAUUGGACAGUGCAUUUAAUUUAAUUUGCCUUUUCAACUGUUGGGCCCCCAAAUGACAACCUCACAACUAAAUGCUUCCCUAGUAAAUGUCACCUAGAAACAUGGGGCAAUUGUGUGUGUGUAGUAGUGUUUGCCUUACUCAAGACAUCUGUGAUUCAUACAAUAAAUUGUUUGACUUUGUAAAUCUUUUGUAAUAAUUAAUAAUAAUUAGUCAUUUAGCAGACGCUCUUAUCCAGAGCGACUUACAGGAGCAAUUAGGGUUAAGUGCCUUGCUCAAGGGCACAUCGACAGAUUUUUCACCUAGUCGGUUCGGGGAUUAGAACCAGCGACCUUUCGGUUACUGGCACAACGCUCUUAACCACUAAGCUACCUGCCGCCCUUUUGUACUGCCAUCCUUCUCAAUAUGAAACUAUGGUGCAAACAAAAGAGGAUUACUCUGGAACAAAUAUGCUUGC